CUCAUGGUCUCAGUGUCUGGGCUCAUGUCAUCCUGCCAGUGAUGAUAGCUGUUCUCGUAUUUGUUCUCAUUAUCCUCAUCAUUGUGUUCUGCAACCGGCGGCGCAGGCAUCGACAGGCAGCUCUCAGUGUUGAGAAAGAGGCUGUGUCCAAUGACCGCAACCCAAUAUUUUUCCCUGAUGAACUUGAGGUUGAUGACCCAUCCCUUAAAGCAAGGAUGCCUAUUGUCUUACCCACAGAUCAACACCCUAUUAAUCAGGACUUAUCACCGUCAAAAACUAGUUCAGACAAGGAAAAGACAUCAAAUGAGGACCCUGCAGAGCAAGAGUGUGUCACAAAUGACAACAUAGAAACAGAGCAAGACCAUGAAAGAAACAGUGAUCAGAAGCGAAGAAAGAGCAGUAAGAAACAAAAAGAGCAGGCUAAAGAUGGUGGAGUCAGUGCAUCCUCCACAUUAACCUGGGAUCGUCCAAAUAAUCAUUACCUUGAGGAAGAGGCAAGUUCCAGAAGUAGCACCCUUAACUCCACCAGGUCUCUGGGAUCCGAAAAACAACAUCCCAAAAAUCCACCACCUUAUUGGCAGUCUCAGUCCGACCCUCCACCAUACAGACUGCCCCCACCAUAUUUGACUGAGACCACAUCCCAAGUUUGA